GGAGUACGACCACGAUGGCACGAUAUCUUACUAUCUUUAAUAGUUAAUUCAGAUUAUUUCAGAAUUCUUACUUCUUACUUCUAAGUUCGUGACUCCGUGUCCCAGGCAAUUAGACGAAUAUCCACAUCACAAUGGCUGAAAACACCGCAGAAGUUGAGCACAAGGCUAAAAGGCCUUUCCGUAAAUUCACAUUCCGUGGCGUUGACUUGGACCAGCUUUUGGACAUCCAGGGAGAACAAUUGAUCGAGCUGUUGCACUCACGUGCUCGCAGGCGUUUCUCACGUGGUGGACUUAAGCGUAAAGAGUCAGCAUUGGUGAAGAAAUUGCGCAGAGCAAAGAAAGAUGCUCCACCAAUGGAAAAACCUGAAGCUGUGAAAACUCAUCUACGCAACAUGAUCAUUGUUCCUGAAAUGGUUGGCAGUAUCAUUGGUGUCUACAAUGGAAAAGUUUUCAAUCAAAUUGAAAUCAAACCUGAAAUGAUUGGUCAUUAUUUGGGUGAAUUCAGUGUAACAUACAAACCAGUUAAGCACGGAAGGCCUGGUAUUGGUGCCACUCACAGCUCAAGGUUUAUUCCAUUGAAAUAAAUUAUAAUUUUUUUCACAAUAAAAUAAUUCAUGUGGUUCUUA